AUGUCUAAUGAAAAUAUCAAUUCAAUUGAUUCAAAAGAGCUUGAAGAAAAUCAAAUUAAAUCUGAUGUUCAGACACCAUUAAGAAAAAUUAAUUCAAAUACGUUUUUCUACUUACCAACAGUUACUAAAACUGAUCAAGCAAAUAAUGAUCAAACUAUAAAUUCAAAUAUCAAAAAAAAUGAAGAAAAUGAACAAAGUUUAUCAAGUGAAGAAUUUUAUGAAGCGUCACCAACUUUAGAAGAAGAAUUAUAUUUCCCAACUUUAUUAGAUGAAAUUAAUUAUCCAUUUGUUAAAGUACCAAUGCAACCUCAUAUGUCAAAACCUUUAAAUGUUACUAGUGAAUUAAAUUUAAAAACUAUUCCAAUUGCAAAUAUUCCAAAAUCAUUUCCUUUGAAUCAAGAAGCUAAAUCACCUGAAGAAGAUGCUUUAUGUAAAAUUUUAGAUCAUGAAUUUAAUGAACUUGAUCAACAACAAGGUGAUGAAGAAGAAAAACCUAAAACUCAUUGGUGGUCUAAAAAGGAUCUUUGGUCGAAAUUUAUUGAACGUAAUGAAAAUGAUCAAGAUUUGAAAUUAAGUAAUUUAAUUGAUGCUAAUAUUGAUGAUAUUUUUGUUCAAAUUUAUAAAUAA